UUUUUAACCAAUGAUCAAUUUUUGAGAAAUAAUGUUACUGAUAAGCUAGAUAAUUUAAUUUUGUUAAAUGACAGCUGUUCGCUUGGCAGUGGUGUUUACCUCUGAAUUAGAAGCUGUUACACCGUUGCAUUUUCACAGUGAGGCUAUGUUGCAGGAUUGGAUGCAAAUGGUCCCGAAGUGGGCAGCUGUGUGAUUCCACAUUAGCUCGCGGAGACUGCGGUUGUCAUUGAUCAGUUGAGGGAGCGGACGCCGAAGAGUAGACUUGAGAAAUGAUGUGUGAAGUGAUGCCGACUAUUAACGAAGACACCCCCAUGAGUCAGAGGGGCUCUCAGAGCAGUGGCUCAGAGUCGGACACCCACUUUGAGCAGCUGAUGGUGAACAUGCUGGAUGAGCGUGACCGGCUUCUGGACACCCUGCGAGAGACACAGGAGAGCCUGGGCCUGUCUCAACAGAGCCUCGAGGACGUGCUCUACGACCGGGACUCCCUGCAGCGCCAGCUCAACUCCGCCCUGCCACAGGAGUUUGCUGCAUUGACAAAGGAGUUAAACGCAUGUAGGGAGCAGUUACUGGAAAAAGAAGAGGAGAUUUCAGAAUUGAAAGCCGAGAGGAACAACACCAGACUGCUGCUGGAGCAUUUGGAGUGCCUGGUUUCCAGACAUGAGCGUUCACUGCGGAUGACAGUCGUGAAGCGACAGGCGCAGUCCCCUUCUGGGGUUUCCAGUGAAGUCGAGGUCCUCAAAGCUCUGAAGUCUCUGUUUGAACAUCACAAGGCUCUGGAUGAGAAGGUGAGGGAACGAUUGAGAGUCUCCUUGGAGAGAGUCUCAGCUUUGGAAGAAGAAUUGACUGUAGCUAACCAAGAGAUUGUAGCUUUACGGGAGCAGAAUGCACACAUUCAGAGGAAAGUUGCGUCAGGGGAUGGAACUGAAGCCGAGCUUCUUGAAGAGACUGAAACCAGUCAGAAGGUCCAUGGAAAGCGUCUGUCGAACGGCUCCAUUGACUCCAGUGACGAGGCCAGCCAUGUGGUGGAGCUGCAGGAGCUCCUGGAGAAGCAGAACUAUGAGCUGGCCCAGAUGAAGGAGCGCAUGUCCUCCCUGUCUUCACGAGUCUCAGAAGUGGAGCUGGAGCUGGAGACCGCAAGGAAGGACCUGCUCAAGUCCGAGGAGAUGAGCAACAAAUACCAGAGGGACAACAGAGAGGCGCUGUGCCAGAAGGAGGACAUGGAGGAGAGGAUUACCACGCUGGAGAGGCGCUACCUCGGUGCCCAGAGAGAGUCCACCUCGGUGCACGACAUGAAUGACAAGUUAGAGAAUGAGCUGGCAAACAAGGAGGCCUUCCUGCGCCAGAUGGAGGAAAAGAACCGGCAGUUGCAGGAGCGCCUGGAGCUGGCUGAGCAGAAGCUGCAGCAGACCAUGAGGAAGGCAGAGACGCUGCCUGAGGUGGAGGCUGAACUGGCUCAGAGGAUAGCAGCUCUUACAAAGGCUGAGGAGAGGCACGGCAGCAUUGAGGAGCGGAUGAGGCACUUGGAAGGGCAGCUUGAGGAGAAGAACCAGGAGCUUCAAAGAGCCCGGCAACGAGAGAAAAUGAAUGAGGAGCACAAUAAGAGGCUGUCAGACACUGUAGACCGGCUCCUGACAGAGUCAAAUGAGCGCCUUCAGCUCCACCUCAAAGAAAGAAUGGCUGCAUUAGAAGACAAGAAUGUUUUAAUACAGGACUCUGAUAACUUCAGGAAACAGCUUGAGGAUUCACUCCAUGAUAAGGACCAUCUUGCAGGGGAAAUAGAAAAGCUGAGAUCUGAACUUGAGCAGUUUAAGAUGAGAACAGGAUCCUUAAGUGAGCCAACAUUUUCCAGGACUCAUCUGGACACUUCAGGGGAGCUGAGAUACUCAAUGGGUUCCCUUGCUGACAGCCAGUCCGAUCACUACAGGUCUGCCAAAGUAAUAAGGAGACCUAGGAGGGGCCGUAUGGGUGUGCGGAUAGACGACCAGAAGGCCAAGUCACUUGGGGACCAUGAGUGGGGUCAGCCUCAGCAGAUCAGUGUCCUUGGAAGCCACCACCCCUUUGAAAGCGACACUGAAAUGUCCGACAUCGAUGACGAUGACAGAGAAACCAUCUUUAGCUCCAUGGACCUCCUCUCUCCUGGUGGACACUCUGAUGCCCAGACGCUUGCCAUGAUGCUUCAAGAACAGCUUGAUGCAAUCAACAGAGAGAUCCGUUUGAUCCAGGAAGAGAAGGAGUCGACGGAGUUGCGGGCGGAGGAGAUUGAGAGCCGAGUAGCCAGCGUCAGUUUGGAAGGCUUGAACUUGGCUCGAGUUCACCCAGAGACCUCAAUCACUGGCUCAGUCACCGCCUCCUCCCUGGCUAGCUCUUCACCGCCCAGCGGCCACUCCACUCCCAAACUGACCCCCCGUAGCCCAGCCAGAGAAAAAGACCGCAUGGGGGUCAUGACCCUGCCCAGUGAUUUAAGGAAACACAGGAGAAAGAUUGCAGCAGUUGAUGAGGAUGGUCGAGAAGACAAGGCCACUAUAAAGUGUGAGACGUCUCCUCCUGCCACCCCCCGACAAGUUCGAAUGACGCACACACUGCCAUCGUCCCACCACAACGAUGCCAAGGGUGUAUCUGCUACACUGGAAGCUGAAGCCACUGCACUCAGCAGUGUCACCAGCAGCCAAGACUCUCUUCACAAAGCUCCAAAGAAAAAGGGAAUCAAAUCAUCAAUAGGCCGCUUGUUUGGCAAAAAGGAGAAGGGAAGACUUGCACAACUCCACAAAGAUUAUGGUGGACCAGGACAGGACUCCGAGCUUGGUGGACAGGAUGCUGUGGGAUUAGGAAAACUUGGGACCCAAGCAGAAAAAGACAGGAGGCUAAAGAAGAAGCAUGAACUUCUAGAGGAAGCUCGCAGAAAGGGGUUGCCUUUCGCACAGUGGGAUGGGCCCACUGUAGUGGCGUGGCUGGAGCUGUGGCUCGGGAUGCCAGCUUGGUACGUGGCAGCCUGCCGUGCCAAUGUGAAGAGUGGGGCCAUCAUGUCUGCUCUGUCUGACACGGAAAUCCAGAGGGAGAUCGGGAUCAGCAACCCCCUGCACCGCCUCAAGCUCCGCCUGGCUAUCCAGGAAAUGGUCUCGCUCACCAGCCCCUCGGCCCCUCCCACAUCGAGAACACCUUCAGGCAAUGUAUGGGUGACCCACGAGGAAAUGGAAAAUCUAACGGCUCCAACCAAAACGAAGGAGUCAGAGGAAGGCAGCUGGGCACAGAGCAUUACAGGGAAAGGUAAGGGAACCCGAGCACCGAAGAUUGAAAUCAUUCUCCCUUUAUGCCCAAGUCUAAUACCGGAUUACACCAAGACACUGGCCUAUGGUGAUAUGAAUCAUGAAUGGAUCGGAAAUGAAUGGCUCCCAAGCUUGGGAUUACCUCAGUACCGCAGUUACUUCAUGGAGUGCCUCGUGGAUGCCAGAAUGCUGGACCACCUAACCAAGAAGGACCUCAGAGUCCAUCUUAAAAUGGUGGACAGCUUCCACAGGACAAGUCUGCAGUACGGGAUCAUGUGCCUAAAGAAACUCAAUUAUGACAGGAAAGAACUGGAAAGGAGGAGAGAAUGCAGUCAACAUGAAAUGAAAGAUGUGUUAGUGUGGAGCAAUGACCGUGUGCUUCGCUGGGUACAGAGUAUUGGACUACGGGAUUAUGCCAACAUCUUGUUAGAAAGUGGAGUCCAUGGGUCCCUGGUUGCCUUGGAUGACAAUUUUGACUACAGUAGUCUAGCACUGUUACUACAGAUCCCAAACCAGAACACUCAGGCACGACAACUUCUGGAGAGAGAGUACAACAACCUUCUGGCGCUGGGAACAGAGAGAAGACUUGAUGAAAAUGAUGACAAAAACUUCAGAGGAGGACCUUCCUGGAGAAGACAGUUCCACCCACGGGAUGUCCAUGGAAUCAGCAUGAUGCCAGGCUCCUCCGAAACUCUGCCAGCAGGGUUCAGACUGACCACCACAUCGGGGCAGUCACGCAACAUGUCAUCUGAAGUUCUCUUUGAGAUGUUGGACGACAGUCCCGAAGACAUGAUAAUGGACUGGUCUCAAGCUGCCUCAUCAGCACUGCAGAGGUUGGACAGUUCAACAGUGAGGACGUAUUCAUGCUGAUUUGUUAAUGGAAGGAAAAUGGCUCAAUGAUUGUUUCAGUAUAUCAGUGCUGCCGGUACCCAUGUACCUUCUGUGAUGAGGAUCCCUGAUGAGCUCCCUUUACCUGACCAACAUCAGCUAGAGUAAACCUGCAGGUCUCACAUGCUGCUCCAAGACAGAACACCACGCUGUUUUUACAGCCAAGUCCGUGGAACUGAGCACCAAGCAGAGGUGCUAAAAAUAAUAUCUACAGAGCUGUCAAAUAUGUUGCAGUUUGUACCGUUUUCUUGUAACAUACUAGUUGAGCGUACGUACUGUAUAUGUAUUUAUUUUUCAAAAACCAUAUGUAGGUCCUCUGUAAAUUAAUAUAAAUAUGGCAGUUUUUAUAUAAAAAAGAAAACAUUGGGUUUAUGUGAAUAUCCAGACAACAUUUUCAUGUUCAAAGAUGCUGCUGUUUGUACCUUUUUCCAUGAUACCAAUUUUAGAGCCCCCCCCCCCCCCCCCCACCCACCCAUUGUGACCAGGUUUACAUGUUUAGCAGUGAGACAGACUGUUUAGGUUUUUAUUGAGUUUCUAAUCACAACUUGCCAUUGCAUUGCCAUGUAGUGUACAGUCCUGUGAAUCGUGUCCCAUCUCUACUGGACAACCAGAAACUCCAGGAGAAGCUUAACACAUAGCAAACCACUGUGAAGGCUACUGAUUCCACAAGCACUUUUCAGUGGAGUUCCCCCUCAUUGGACUAUGCCAUGGAGUCAGGUGAUUCAGGGCCAGUGUCCCUGGAGUUCCAGAACCUUCAAUCAGAAUGAGUGAUUCAAGAGUAUAGUACGCUGGAUCAGAGACUCGUCAUGCUUUCAGCUGAGCUGGCCUUUGUAUAGACUUCAACCCACUGAAGUCACUUUAUCAGAUGAAAUAACUCAGACAGAAUGCUGAACUAGUAAUGUGUAAAAAGGGUGUAUAAAAUAUAAUAGCUGAGAGACAUUUUAAAGAAAAAAAAAAUGUUUUGCUUACUGUGACUUUUUUUGGUGUUGCUAUAAUAAUUGUUUAGUCUAUAAUUGUUUCUAUAGGAGAUUUUCAGUGUAAGUCCUCUCGUAUAACCUCCCUUUUGAUAGUUGCUGAUUUACUGCUGCCUGAUCUUCGCGCAAGACCUGUCUUAGUUAUUUCUAUAAGCAGUUUGAUCUGCUGGAGUUUUGUAUUUUGUAUUUUUUUUUUUGGUUUAUUUGCAUGUACAGAUAAUCUUUGUUUUAUUUUGUCCAUUUUAAUUUAUUAUUGACUUUUUUUCUUUGGUAAAAAAAAUGAAUGGUGAUCAAACAGUUUUUCAUUGUCAAUAAUAAAAAGAAAAUGACUGCGUGAAA